AAUGUAAAUAUUUGUAAAUGUCUGCUCUGCUGUCUGAGGUUGUCUUUACAUACGUAAAAUCCAUCAAUAUUUUAGGAAAAUACUAAUUUUAAUAUAUUAAAGCUUAGAAAUACUGUGCUUAGAUUAUUUCUCGCAAUAAUAUGCUACCUAAAAGUAAUAAAUAGGAGAGAAACGUUGUAACACGUAGUGCUAUUCCAUGUUUGUUUCGCAUUGGUGUUGAAUUCAAUCAAAAUGCCUGCUGUAACUACACCUUCGGUGGAGGAGCAAAAUGAAGCCGAUCAAAAGAUGUGGAGCGCAUUAAAGCGCUAUAUAAUACGAGAAAGACAAAGGAAAAAGGAAGAAUAUGAAGCAGAAGUAGAAGAGGAGAGACUUCGGAAGGAAAGAGAAGCAAGAGAGAGACAAGAUGUCAUGACACUUGAGGAAACAAAAGAACAAAUUGAACAGUUGGAACAGAAACUCAAACAGCUUGAGAAAGAGAAACAACAGUUGUUCAUGCAACUCAAGAAAGUAUUGAAUGAAGAUGAAAUUAGAAAGAGACAACAACAGAAGGAAACUAAUGACUUUUCCAGCGAGAUGCAAUCCAUGAAGAUGCAGCCGAUGGGCAACAUUCAGAUACCAAUGUUCCCGCUGUCUACUUCUACUGGGCAGGCGGAGCCACCGCCACAAGGCAGACCACCUCCUCUAACCUCCCAUAUGAUGACCAAGCAUAAGCAUUCAAACCACAUGUUGUUCCCACAACAGCAGACUAUUGUGCGAGGCCCCAUACAGUCAGGCGUGAAGAGACCUCGUAGCCCCUCGCCGACGUACGCGCUCUACACGCAUCGUCUGCAUCAGCCCCAUAUGAAGCACCAACAAGUGUACUCCGAUCAUAAGGUAGAAGAUGGCCGCAUGGGCCGUCAGAUGGCUCGAGCCGUACUAUGGAACAAACCAUCUCAGUACGCAUCAAACGUGGGUGGUUCAUCCGUAUCGUCGAACGCGUACUACGCGAUGCCGACGUCUGGCGUAGUGGGCGUAGUGGGGGAGCGUCCCCCUCCGUUACUGUACGCGCACCACGCUCACACCCCCCACACCCCCCACACGCCGCACACGCCCCACCACACCCUGAUGUACCCGCCGGCGCCGCAGCCCCCACAACUGUACCUGGAUAUGCUGAAGAAUAGAGACGGACAACAGCAUCAGGAGCAGAAGAAAGAGGCUCAGCCACAAGUGCUGAUUGGUCUGAGCGAGGCGCACCAUCCGUCCGUGAGUAGUGGGGUGGCGUAUGCCCAGCCACCAGUGUCACGUCACCUCUCCAUACACCCACCGCCGCAACACAAUAACAUGCAGACGGCGAAGCCGGGCAGCAUAACGCAAGGCUACCCGGUGCAGCAGUCGAGCAGCGUGCAGAACCCCAGCAUGUAUCCGAGCAGACACCGCUACUAGCCGCGGGCCGCGUGCCGCACCCCAAGAACAUACUCCUGCGGGCGCUCGUACAUCAGCUGUUGAAGUAAACUCUCAUACAAUACUGUAUAUUUUAUAAUCCCGCUACUGCGAUAUUUUGUUUACAAAAAGUUACUUACAAUUGUUUUUAUCGAAUGAAAUGUAAAGAAAACCUUUUAAUGUAAUCAUAUCAACAAAGCACUUCAAUCAUAAUUUCAGUGAUGGUAAUAAUAAGAAUCUCAAUUUAAUAAAUAUUUUGGCUGACCCAAUAUCACUGUGACAACCUCACUUGUUAGUACUAAUUGACAUCCAUUUUAAUGAAUUCAGUUGUGUGGCUUAAAUUAAUAGUGGGUUAUAUUAAUUUCAUUUAGGUGUAUCACACAAUGUAACCUGUGUAGUGUCUACUACCAUUAAAGAAAGUUUGAUGCAACUUAUGUUAUGUUUGUUUAUGUUUUAUGUACUAAUACGAGUUUAUUUAUCAGAUAUAUUUAUUAUUUAUUGAUAUGUCUUAUAUAGGUUACACGUGUGAUGCGCCUCUGAAUUAAACUACGCACAAUUUGACAUAUUCUAGAUAUGCUAUUAAAUAAACAUUUUAUCGCAGUUAGCCUUUUUGUAAACUACAUGUACUUAUCAAUAAUAAAAUUUAUUUAUACUGCAAUAAAAUCUAUUUUUGGUUGGUAUGGUGAAGCAAAUGUGGCUCAUAGAGCUUCUAUUCACAGACAGAGCACAAUAGAAAAAUGUACUCCGCCUUAGAUGACCACUUCGAAGGACAAUCCACCACUACCAACCUACGACUGAGAUGAUCCUGGCGAGGUCGUCGAUUUUGGGAGGCCUGUCUAAAUAACUUUUAUUUGAGGACGGGAUUAGGUUAGCGCAUUGUGUAUUUUCACAAUAAUUUUUCACUUUACAGUGUUAUAUGUAUAAGGGUUCUAUUUCAUGAAGGAAGUUAUGCCACUUUCAACACAAAUUCUUAUCCUUAUAGACAAGAUAAGGGGCCUGUUUCACAUUAAAUGGACAGCCGCUAUGUACCAUAAAAAAUAAUUAAGAACUUAAUUAAUAUAAACUAUCUGUCACAUAAGUUUAUAGGGUACUUAUAUAACAGCAAUAUUCUUAAAAUAAUGUGAUAAUACACAAUGCGCAAACUUACCCCCUCUCCACCAAAAUCUUGGCCUUGAUUCAUGCCGGGAAGAACAUAUAAAAAGUGUUCAAAAACAUUACCGAGACUCUUUUUCAACAUCUAAUGUACAUUCAGACUACACAGUGACAGCAAAAAGGUUUAAGUUAUGCAGUGUAUGAACUCUUUAGUGAAACCCAGUGCGCAGUGACUAUAAUGGGCUCUUUUAUUGGCAACUCAGUGUAACAUACCGCCAAUAAUAUAGGUGCUAUCUAAUACAUAGGUCCAUAAUCUCUGCUCCAAACGAAAAUAGACUUUGUGUGGAUAUAAUAGCAGUGUAUAUCCUAUAAAUAUAUGAAGUCAAUUAAAACUAGGAUUAAAGUAUUAUUAAUGAUGUUUUUUUCCUUAUUCUCUUAUGAAAUACGCAUAUAAUUAAACGUAAUAUUAAGAAAUACUGCCGAGGUCUUAAGCGAACUACCUUGGUGAUAAAAAUGUCUUCUUAUGCUACAUAAAAAUCUUCCUAGAAUAAAUACCCAAUGAUAAUGGUUUAAACUAAAGUGUAUGUCAUUGAAAAGUGCAAUAUACUAUGGAAACCUGGACCACUCAUUUUAGUAAGAUAAUCACACUUUGUUGCCAAUAAAACGCCCAAUUUUUAUAUUUUAAGUUGUACAAGGCAUAUGGUAUAACAAAAAGACUAUUAUAAUAAUAUGAAAUAAAAUAGCAGAAUUGAAAUAGAUUUUGUAUCAAUCAAUUGUAUGAAUAAAACUAACAGAGUGAUGUGUAAAAAUAUGAAAUGUUAUGUUAUUGUGAAUAUACGGUUUGAAAUAAGAAUAGAAUUAAUAAGUAUACAAAUAUCCUAGCUUCAGUAGGUAUGUGAAGUCAAUGAUAGAUUCAAGGCUAAUAAGACUUUGGUUUAUUAAUUAUAUGACACAGUUUAGAUACAAUUUCAAAACAGUGUUACUCAAUCAAAAGUAUUGGUGCUAAAUACUUUGCGCAAAAAGGUCGUACGUUGCGCAAAUAUGAUGUAGGUUUGCGCAAGUGUGUUGUACUUUAGCGCAACCGAGUUUGAAAGAAGAUCCUGAAAAUAUAUUAAGAUGGAUUAUUAGAUGGAGAAUUAAUUUUAUUAUUUAUCUUUUAAAUGUCCUUGCCUCAUCAUAAAAAUACAAUGAUUGAUUAACACUGAUUUGUUAGAAAGAUGCCAUCAUCUUUCUAACAAAUCAGUGUUAAUCAAUCAAACAUAAAAAUAAAACAUAGGUAUUUUUAAUUCCAUAAUUAAAAAUACCUAUGUUUUAUUUUUAUGUUAAUACUCUAGGGUCUUGUAAUGAUUUUCUAUUUAAGUGCGAUAAAACAAAAAUAUUGUUUGAUAUAUUUUUAUUAUAAAAACAUUAAUAAAUUCAUCAAUUAAUGUACCUAUGGAGAGACAAAACAACAAAGCCAGCCAUGAGGCAUGAGCUGUAAAACAGUAAGUACCUAAUAACCAAUAUCCAUGACUAUUUUAAAUUUAUCUUUAUUUCGUAGCAAGAAGAGCUGUUUUUGUUAAAUAUUCUCUUGAAUGUCACAGUUGAACUGUACAGAGAUGGCGCCUGUGUGAAAUAAAUAACACCAUAAUGUUUGUUUGUAUAGUGUUGGGUAUACUAAGGAAUAACGUUUACUUUCAUGUAGAAUUCAGCUCACGCGGAUCUAGUCCUUAUGCGUGCAAUAGAAUUCCUCCAGCCGUUUAGUAUGAUCCUUGUAAGAGGAAAACUUGUAUUAAAUCCUAUAAGGAUCAGAUCCGCUUGCAUUCUGAAAUCUGUAUAAAAGAAAAAUUAAACGUCUUUUCGCUCAUAUCUAAGAUUUAGCGCGCACUGCGAUGAAAGAAUCCUUAUUAUAUCGCAUUUAUGUUCUAUAAACCUAUUAAUGUAUUGCAAAAAGUUUAACGCGCGACUAAAAUCAUCGUACUCGCUGGCCCUUAGAUAUAAUCACUGACUUGGUAUACCUUGAUGGACUGCAGAUGUCGCUAAAAGCUUAGUUCUCAGACAACAGUAUUGAAAUGACGGGAAAAUGUUAAUGUAUUAUAAAAACAAUGCUGCUUGUACUGGUUGAAGAAAUAUAAAAUGAGUACAUG